GAGGUGGAAAGCUACAGGAAGCUAAAGCUGUGUGUAUUUGUGGAUCAGACAAGUGCAGCAAGUUAAUAACAUUGGCUUCUGAAGGGGAGAGUGAGGUGAUGGCUGCGUUUAAGUUGGAUUUCCUUCCAGAAAUGAUGGUGGAUCAUUGCUCUUUGAAUUCCAGUCCCGUCUCAAAGAAAAUGAACGGCACCCUGGACCACCCAGACCAACCGGAUCUUGAUGCUAUCAAGAUGUUUGUGGGCCAGGUUCCAAGGACCUGGUCAGAGAAGGACUUGAGGGAACUGUUUGAACAGUAUGGUGCUGUCUACGAAAUCAACGUCCUAAGGGAUAGGAGCCAAAACCCUCCUCAGAGCAAAGGGUGCUGUUUUGUUACAUUUUACACCCGAAAAGCUGCAUUAGAAGCUCAGAAUGCUCUUCACAACAUGAAGGUCCUCCCAGGGAUGCAUCAUCCUAUACAGAUGAAACCUGCCGACAGUGAGAAGAACAAUGCAGUGGAAGACAGGAAGCUGUUUAUUGGUAUGAUUUCCAAGAAGUGCACUGAAAAUGACAUCCGAGUCAUGUUCUCUUCAUUCGGACAGAUUGAAGAAUGCCGGAUAUUGAGGGGACCUGAUGGCCUGAGCCGAGGUUGUGCGUUUGUGACCUUCACAACAAGAGCCAUGGCACAGACAGCUAUCAAGGCAAUGCACCAAGCACAGACCAUGGAGGGCUGCUCUUCCCCCAUGGUGGUAAAAUUUGCUGAUACACAGAAGGACAAAGAGCAGAAGAGAAUGGCCCAGCAGCUCCAGCAGCAGAUGCAGCAAAUCAGCGCAGCAUCUGUGUGGGGAAACCUUGCUGGUCUAAAUACUCUUGGACCCCAGUAUUUAGCACUUUAUUUGCAGCUCCUUCAGCAGACUGCCUCCUCCGGGAACCUCAACACCCUGAGCAGCCUCCACCCGAUGGGAGGGUUAAAUGCAAUGCAGUUACAGAAUUUGGCUGCACUAGCUGCUGCAGCUAGUGCAGCUCAGAACACACCAAGUGGUACCAAUGCUCUCACUACAUCCAGCAGUCCCCUCAGCGUACUCACCAGUUCAGCAGGGUCCUCACCCAGCUCCAGCAGCAGCAGCUCUGUCAAUCCCAUCGCCUCCCUUGGAGCCCUACAGACACUAGCUGGAGCUACAGCAGGCCUCAACGUCAGCUCUUUGGCAGGGAUGGCUGCUUUAAAUGGUGGGCUGGGCAGCAGUGGCCUUUCUAAUGGCACUGGGAGCACCAUGGAGGCCCUCACGCAGGCCUACUCGGGGAUCCAGCAAUAUGCUGCCGCAGCGCUCCCCACUCUGUACAACCAGAACUUGUUGACACAGCAGAGUAUUGGUGCUGCUGGAAGCCAGAAGGAAGGUCCAGAAGGAGCCAAUCUGUUCAUCUACCACCUGCCCCAGGAGUUUGGAGACCAGGACCUGCUGCAGAUGUUUAUGCCCUUUGGGAAUGUCGUGUCUGCCAAGGUUUUCAUAGACAAGCAGACAAACCUGAGCAAGUGUUUUGGUUUUGUAAGUUACGACAAUCCUGUUUCGGCUCAAGCUGCCAUCCAAUCCAUGAACGGCUUUCAGAUUGGCAUGAAGCGGCUUAAAGUGCAGCUCAAACGUUCGAAGAAUGACAGCAAGCCCUACUGAGCGUGCUCCCCUCUGAGACUGGAGUGAGAGGGUCUUCUGGCACAGCUUGCCCUGAAGACUCGGCUGCUGCCUUCUGUGGGAAUUGCGCUUCGUACAGAGGACAAGUUUGUGCUUUGGUUUCCAGUGUUUUACUUUGGAGUUUAGGUGCCAUAUCCUGAGUUUUUUCUCUUUAUUUAAAAGUUUGCUGUGUUUGUAACCAGUGUGUUGAGAAGGACCAACAUCAAACCGCCCUGGGGGAGGAGGGGGAAUGGAGAAACAUUAAAAAAGAAGAUCAGAAUUUGCCCCAAACUACCCAAAGAGAGAGGACUGAGUGAAACAAAAAAAUUGACCCCCAGAAUCUUCUUGAGCACGAGAGUGGGUGAAAUGAGAACUGACAUCCAAGAGCUUUUGCAGGGCAGAGGAGGUGGGGUUGGCUUUGGAGAGUGAGAGUGACUUGACACCCAGCAGCCCCGGGAGCUGGAAGCUAAAACUCCUCCAUAGCUGCCUUCUGUGGAAAUACUGAGUUCUUGCCACCUAUUUUUUAGAUUCUUGUCUGGGCUUUCUGCCCCUCUUUCCUAAGAAGGGGCUAACAAUUCUCUGGAAAUAAAGCACCUGUUAAAUUAGCCUGACAUAUGCAAAAAGCAGGGAUAUAUCACCCAUUACUAGCUUUCCCAGCCUGUCAUUGGUGUUGGAUUGGCCCUGCCCUCCUGGCUGGUGGCUGUUAGGAAGCAGCAGCCGGUCAAAGAGGUCGUUUUUAGUUUAUUUCAACACCAAACUAUUAGACCGUGGCCCAUUUCUACCAGGUCCCUUUAAAGAAGGCCUCUGGGGAGGACACUGUCUGGUCUCUUCUUUAUAGUUGACCACAGCGAGAAAUGUCUCUUCCAUCCCCAGCCACAGGUUUCUCACGAGGGUAGAUCCAAGAAGGGCUUACAGCAUCUAGUUGAAGGGAGCACCUCUCCUGAGCAGAGUGAUCAGAAGCCAUCAAGGUGGGGGAGGAGGAGCCUGCUUCUUGGCAUACCUGAAUCAUAAGGUCCCUUUAAGCCAGUGCUGCGUUUGCCAGUGGCCAGCACUCAGUACUUAAAAGGAUUAAGAAAUCCAUGUUUGCCUCCUUGGUUGAGAUGUCCCAGAUGUAGUGUCAAAACGGAGGCAGGCCCCUCUUCUGCCCGCUCCAGCCCCAUCUUCUGCUCUUGGCGACAGAGGAGACAACAGGACGUUUACAACCUCCAUAUGGAUUUAGUGUUCAUUUACCUCAGCAUCACCGUGUUCGUUUUUGUCCUCGUGCUUACAGUUAGCUCCCUGCUGCCUCCCACAGGUCUCACUGCAGCCCUUGCCUGUGACCCACACAGCCUCUGGGCUCUGCCUCUGCUCCCAGGAAUGCUGUGGGGGUGGAGAGCCAGAAAAGACACGCUGUUGGGAAUGUGUCCCUGGGCAGAGGUGGCCCUGUUAAUAUACGAUCUUAGCCAAGGCCAGGGGCCGGGUCCCUGGGAUCUUAAACCUCACAAACAUCAGUCCUGACCCCUAGCAGCAGAGGUGAGAUUAAAGGGGUUGGUUUGCUAUUAAGUCAGCUGGGGGCUCUCUCCUUGUCAUGCUGUCCAUUUGGGCCACAGACAAGGAUUGACUGUCUUGCUGUUGUGCAGGUAGUUGGUGGUGUUGGAUUAUCCCAUUGAAGCUGGGACAGCUGUUCCCUUCUCAUAGUGAUAACUUGGGUCUGUUGUCCUCUAAGAAACAUGAAACGUACUUCUUAAGCUGAACCACGUAAACUUGAAUUCCACGCACUGGGAGAAAUGUGUCCUGUGUUUCAAGGAUAAAACUGUUCCAAAGGCUUCCAGGGUCAUGAUGGGAUUUUUUAAAUAAAUGCAAAAAAUAAAAAUAAAAAAGAAAAAAGACAACAAAAAAAGAAAAAAAUGCUAGGUUGGGGAGGCGCUGUUCUGAAUCCCAACCAGCUGGAACCAAGAAUGUCGUUUCUAUUUUUAUAGAAGUUUUAUACAGCUCCGGGGUGGAGAAUAUUUAUUACCUAAAUUAUAUCUCUGGAAAAGGCCAGGAUUUUGUAGAAUCCAGAAUGUGAUUGUUGUACACACAGGGUGCUGUGUAUGAUUGAAACUACUGACUUUCUGUGGCCGUUUGCAGCCCAGCUAAUCUGCCAGAGGGGGAAGGAGUUAAUGCUGUGAAUUGGCGGAGGAGAGAGCUGUGCUCCCCAGGGUACUGCCGGUGCUGUGAUCGCUAACCUGUUCUGUCUUCCUCCUUGGCCAUUGUGGGGUUUUCCAAAGCCCAGAACUCCACUCUUCUUCCCACUUUCUUUCCUUUCUCUCCCUCCUCCCCCAGUUCGCUAUUAUUUGUACACGGAUUUGCCCUGGGCUCCGGGACCUUAUGAAACCCCUUCCCUAUUGACAUGAAAGGUAAAGGUGUAAUCAGCCCACUUUGAUACCACACUCUGAGGUUUCAUACCUGCUUGUGGGUUCUUGUUUCUAAAAGGAGCGUGCACCUCAGCAGGGCCCUGGGCUGCCACAGCGGCCAGCUGGUGAGCCCAGGCACUUCCCUCUGUUCUCUUGUCCCUCACCCAGCGAAUUCCCACAGCAGUGCUGCCUUUGAGCACAGUUCUCUCCCUAGGCCAAAGAUGGUUUUGUGAAGAAGCUGCUUCCCUACAAGUCUCGUGUGAAAGCGUCAGCUCGGAGAGUGGAGAUUCGCAGUCGAGUCUUAAGCAGCCCUUUUCUGUUGUGUGGGGUCUCACGUGUAUAAGUGUGUUUUCUGCUAUAGUUCUGUUUCUUACUUGGGUUUCAUCAUGAAAGUGAUUUGCCUUGAAUGCAGCCAGACACUGUCUCCUGGGUCCAACAUGAGUGGCCAGGGCCUGCGUGGAAGCUAAGAGCUUGGAUUUCCGGGAACAAAGGGCCAUCCCCAUAGGAUUGAGGAGAAAUCCUGGCCCUCUUCCCUAAAGAAUUCUCCCCACCCCAGCCUGCAGCUUUGACUUUCUCCCCGAGUCUUGACCAGGAGUUGAGAGAGAGGCUGAGGCUCUGCUCCACCAGGGAGACCUUUUCGGAUGUGUUUGGGCACUUCUGGGGAAAUCCAAGCCUUAGGUUCCCUCUGUCUCUGGCAGUUGGAUGUUUUCUUGGUGUCCUCCAUGUCCUUUUUUGACUUUUCCCUGUGUCCAUUGUUAGCAUGUGCAAAAGUUCCCUGUCAUUACCCAGCCCCUACCCCGCCCGCCUCCUCAUUUCAGGGCUGUACAACAGUGAGUGUUCCUGUUCUCUCUCUCUUUGUUUGGAUGUAUUGCUCUGUGUAACUCAGUGGGUCUCCCUCUUUCUGGUUUGUUUUUUUUUCUAGAUUCCUGCCGUUUGUUCAUCGUUGUGCCUAAAGCAUGUCGAUGUGGCGUCAAGUACAUCGUCCAAAUCCCUGUCUCUUCAGCUUCUCUGAUGCUUGAACUCUCACCUUUGACCUUGUGUUGACCUUUGAUGCUGACGUGUAUUUUUAUUAUGUUUGUUUCUUUCUUUGUUUUUUCUUUUUUCUUUCCUUUUUUUUUUUCUUUUGUGCUGCCAAAUUGGUUUUGCUAGAACGACUGCUGAAGGGGAAAUAUUUAAACUUGCAUUUGAAUAUAAAAAAAAAUCUAUUUUUCUAGAACUUCAUAAGAUAACCACUUGAUUUUGUGAUUCCAAUUCUUUGUAAUUGUCUUCAGAGCAGCCCUACUAGCACAUACCGCGUGGUGUUUGUAUUUCUGUGAACACACAGCCAGUCUGUUUCUAGGCUUUGUUUCUCUGUGUGCUUAGUUUUAAAGACAACUUUGAAGUAAACAAUGAAAUAAAAGAUGUCACUAAAA